AUGGCCGCGCUAGAGGAAGCAUUCAUUCGAGCGGCUUCCUUAUUUAAGAUUUUGGAACUAAAUGCGCAUCAGAAGCGGGCAAUUCAAGCAAUUGUGGUCAAUAAGAAGGAUGUCUUUGUAAACUUGCCGACUGGGUUCGGAAAAUCGCUUAUUUAUCAAGCUCUCCCGUUCGUGUUUGACCAUGUAAACAAGAGUGCAGGUUACAUUGUUGUAGUUGUGUCGCCAUUGGUAAGACUCAUGGACGAUCAGGUUAAAAUUCUAACAGAUCUUGGAUUGUCUGCAAUAAGUAUCAGUUCACAAGAGGAGUUAGACGUUACAAAGAUUGAGAAGGGAGAAUAUUCUAUUGUCUUCGGCUCACAUGAGGCAUGGAUAAUGAAUGAUCACUGGCGAAGAAUGUUAGACAACCAUGUCUAUUCGAAUAAGCUCUGCACCGUGGCAAUUGAUGAAGCUCAUGUCCUAAGGCAGUGGUAAGUUUGGGUGUUAGCCUUCUAGAUUCUCUGUCAGCUUUAACAAUAGUUUCUCUGCUGCGAUCAAAGUUCACUGUUAUCAGGCAUACGUUGAAGUAUUUUCUUGAUUUUCGCAUGCAACUUGCUCGUUGAAACUUUCUUAAUGUGUUAUGAAAUAUCAUAUUAGAUAGGGAGUGUCUGCCAGAGACCAAUUUUAACUUAAUUUGCUAUUUUUGUACGAGCAUCUCUGGUUAAUUUAUGUUAAACCUUUACGAUCAGAUCAGUGGGAAUAUUCAAGAUUUUCUCUCUCUUGUGAUGACAGGGGGAUAUCCCAAGACAGUAAAAAAGCAGCUUUUUGCGAGUGUUAUGCCCAUCUUCAUGAAUUGAGAUCCCUGGCCCCUAAAGCAAGGAUGAUUGCACUGACUGCAACUGCAACAAAGCUCACUUAAGACACUAUUCUUAAUGUCCUACUCAUGGAAAAUCCUUAUGAGAUAAAAAAAAGCCCCAACAAGUCAAAUGUCACAUAUUCUGUUGAGUACAUGCCUAAAGAUAGUGACCAUGAAUUGUACUUUGGAUGGCUUGUUGAUGAACUGAUCAAGAUACAAUCAUUGUGUGAAAGAACUAUUAUUUACUGUCAAACAAUUAAGCAGAGUGGUAUUAUUUAUGCAACCAUAAAGGGUAUGCUUGGAAAGCACAUGUAUGUUAUAGAUGCCAAUGAUUCAAAAUAUGUCCUAGUUGAAAUGCUACAUUCUUGCACACCUGCAGCCAAUAAGCAACAAAUCCUCCACUCUUUUCAAACAGAACAUGGAAAAAUUCGUGUACUCAUUGCCACAAUUGCCUUUGGUAUGGGAGUAGAUUGCAAAGGAGUACACAGAAUUGUUCACUAUGGGCCAUCAAAAAAUGUUGAAGCUUAUGUUCAGGAGACAGGGCGUGCUGGCAGAGAUGGGAGGCAAAGUCAUGCAUACAUUUUGUAUCAUGGAAUUUUAUUACAUCAUGUUGAGGGAGACAUCAAAUCUGUUCUUAAAACUGAGGGGUGCAGGCAAAAGGCUCUAUUUCAACAUUUUGAAACUGUUUUAGAGCAGUUUCAUAAACCACAUCUUUGCUGUGAUAAUUGUGCUUCAACAUGCGAAUGUGGGGAAUCUGACUGUAACCAGCAUGCUGCAUUUCCAAAAAGUGAAGACCUCCAAGCAGUAUUCCACUCCUCAAGGGAGAGAGAGGUGACUGCAGAAAAGAAGAAAGCAGUUGAAGUAAACUUGAUUAAGUACCAUAAGUUGCUGGUCAUGAAACUGUUCAAUACUGCAGCCAAUGGAAAUAUCAAAACUCUGACUAAUUUACAGUUUAUGGUGGGUUUUUCUGAACAUCAGAUAUCUCAAGUCCUUAAAAACUUAGAAAGGAUCUUUACAUUCUCCGACAUUCUCAAUGUGGUUGAAAUAUGGGACAGAUGGCAUGCAGAAAAAAUCCUUUCAGUUAUCGCUGAUGUUUUUAAAGAUAUUGAAAAUGCAGUACAUGUAAAUACCGGUAGCCUGUAUACGGAGGAGGGUGGUGACCAGUAUGACUUUGAUGAUGAGUUCAUGGAUGAGUGGAAUGAGCUGCUUCAAGAUGAUGAACUAUUUGACAUGAUAAUUGAAAAUAUGUCAUUGUCAAAACUGCAGUCUUCACUUAUUGAGGAAGAGAUAAAUGCUUCAAGCGACAUGUUAGAAGAUGGAGUGCCAAGAGCUGUAUUGGACACCAUUGAGUCGAUGAACAUUAAU